CCUGACUUCCGGUCGGACCACGUUAAACCUUCGGUAUCUUCUCCUCUCGGUAUCACGGAGAGUUCGGGUGGUUUCUGUUCGGUACCGACAUGUUGAAGCUCGACGGGCUGCGGCUGUUCGUCGACCGGAGACUCUCCGCGGUCACCGACGACAUCUUCCUCCGGUUGGCCUCAACCGUCACCGAGUAUGAACGAGAGGUUUACCGGUUAAAACAAGAGAUCCACCGACAGAGGAGACUGCUGGAGGACAGACCGGAGGACAGACCGGGGGACACACCGGGGGACACACCGGAGGAUACACCGGGAGACAGACCGGAGGGUGUUCUGCAGGUCUCCAGCACAGAAGAAGAGCAGCAGGUGAGGGGGCGGAGCUUCGUUAAACAGGAAGAGGGCGGAGCCUCGGUAACCGAGGAGACCGAUACCAGGUUCAUACAGAGUCCUGAUUGGCUGAGGGAGACACCUGAAACUGAGCAGAGUCCUUCGUCCAAUCAGAUCCAGUCCUGCAGGGAGGAGGUUGGGCCCCAACCUGCUGUCAACAAACAGGAAGUGUUCAGUGUCAAACAGGAAGUGGAUGAGGGUCACAUGAUGCUGGAGGAGGUCAGCUCCCAGCAGGAAGGUGUUCUGCCGGUUUUCACCAUAGAAGAAGAGCAGCAGGUGAGGGGGCGGGGUUUCACGCAGCUCAUCAGAGAGGGCGGAGCUUCAGGACCAGAGGAGACCUACACCAUGUCCACACAGAGUCCUGAUUGGCUGAUGGAGAGCAACGAUGACGAGGGAAGUCCUUCAUCGCACCGAGAGGAGAACCUUCUCCCCGGCCCCUCAGACUAUCUGAUAAGACCAGAACCCGGAGGGACCUGCACACCUCCGCACCACAACAUGUACACCGUUAUCCAAUCAGAGUCCUCCACUGAGGACAGCGACGACGCUCAGUCUGAAUCAGGUCUCCAGGGGACUCCGGGGACCGGGACUCGGACUCCUGCAGACCAGAAGCUUCUGGUCUGCGGCAGCUGUGAUCGAGAGUUCAGCUCAACACGAACUCUGAGGAAACACAUCAGACGAAACAUGUCUCAGGACCAGGACCAGAUGUCCUGCAGCCUCCGCAGACAGAGGGCCCCCUUCCAGACUCCUGCCAAGUCCUUCAGCUGCAGAGUCUGCGGGAGUUCCUUCUACACGCAGGGGAUUCUGGUCCGACACGCCGAAAACCACUGCAAGGAGCCCGAGAGCCAGUGCGGGGCCUGUGGGGACCAUCUGGGUUCCACGGAGACGCUUCGAGACCACCUGCGGUCCCACAAAGAGCUGGGUAGCACCUGCGACGUGUGCGGGAAGAAGUGCAGCUCCAUCAGGCGGAUGGAGAUCCACAAACGGGUCCACACCGGAGAGAAACCGUACCGCUGCGGGUUCUGCAACCGAGACUUCAGCAGGAAGGAGAGUCUGGAGAGACACCUGAAGGUCCACAGCGGGGACAGACCGCACAACUGUGGACUCUGCAGGAGGACCUUCACCAGGAGGGAGUAUCUGGUCCACCACCUGAACACCGGCCACACGGAGAGACUGGGUCCACCUGCAGGGACCGAGAGGACCGAGCCGUUCACUUGGUCCACCACCUGAAGACCGGCCACACGGAGAGACCGGGUCCACCUGCGGGGACCAAGAGGACCGAGCCGUUCACUUGGUCCACCACCUGAAGACCGGCCACAUGGAGAGCCUGGGUCCACCUGCGGGGACCGAGAGGACCGAGCCGUUCACUGUGAUGCUGUUUAUACGUCGAUACUUGAUCUGAAUCAGUUAAAUUUAAUUACGCAAAAUUUUAUGUUUCAUUAUUAAAUGUAUUUUAAUCAGUCGGUGACAUCA